AGGAAACCCCCGAAUUGAGAGAAAUCGAAAGUGAAACGACAACAAUGUCCGUGUCCCUACCUGACCUGACAGUCUAAACAGAGAUGAAGAGCUCGAAAUCGUGAGAAACGGUGGAAGAGACGGUGGCGAGACAGAAAUAAUAACCAAGCUUGUAAUCUUUAUAGGCUACGAAUAGGAUAAUUUAUUAUUUAUUACGCAGUAUCAGAUUAACAUACAACAUGCGCAAAGUUUUAGUGUUCGCUUGUAUAUUAUGCAUAGACUUGUUUAUAGUUUACACACUGGACCUCGGCGGUACAGUAUUAAAAUCUCGUACAAAGAAUCUGGAUUAUAAUUUGUUACGACAAUGGGUUGAAUCUGUACUGCGAUGCACGCUGCUACUCAUUGGAUCUGUUUUCUUUAAAGAUGCGACAGAUCCAUUGAUAAAGAGAUGGAUCAUCGUACACUGUUUUAUUAGUUCGGUGUAUGAAACCGGGCGCUCGAAUCUUUUCGGGAAUUAUCGGCUCGAUAAAUUUAAUACGUGGCUUGUCGGUAGCGUUGCUGCAGCUUUGGCUUGCCUGUUUUGGGAGAUCACAUUGCCUGACACUAACGGAGAUGCUAAAGGCAAAGAAAGCAAACAGAAGGCUCGAGUCCUCUUCAUGCGGGUCAUCCGUUUAUACAGACCUGACUACAUACUGCUAUGUGGAGCUUUUGUCUUUCUGGCAUUAGCUGUCCUCUGUGAGAUGUUCAUCCCAUUGUACACAGGAGAAGUAAUUGACAUUUUAGGUUCCAAGUACCAGUGGGAUAACUUUAGAUUGGCUAUAUUUCUCAUGGCACUAUUCUCAUUGGGAAGUUCAUUCAGUGCAGGAUGUCGCGGAGGCCUCUUCAUGUGUGCCAUCAAUAGCUUCACAUGCAGAGUCAAAGUGAAUUUGUUUGGGUCGCUGGUCAAACAGGACAUUGGCUUCUUUGAGACCAUAAAGACAGGUGAUAUCGGGUCAAGACUGUCCACAGAUACUACUCUGAUGGGCCGGGCUGUAGCCCUAAAUGUCAACGUUCUUCUGCGGACCAUGAUAAAGACGGUGGGCAUGUUAUAUUUGAUGGUGAGCCUGUCCUGGAAACUUACAUUACUGAUGCUCAUGGAGACACCAUUGACAGGCUUGCUGCAGAACAUUUACGACACACAUUAUCAGAGGCUGUCAAAAGAAGUCCAGGACUCUAUGGCACGGGCCAAUGAAACUGCUGGAGAGGCUGUAUCAGGCAUCAGGACUGUGAAGAGUUUUAGGGCAGAACUACGAGAAGCUGAUCGCUAUGAUGUCUGCUUGAUGGACACCCAUAAUCGGAAGACCCGACGGGACACAGUCAGGGCGAUUUACCUGCUUGUUAGGCGGAUGACAGAAGUAGGAAUGAAGGUGGCCAUGCUGUACUAUGGAAGACUCUUCAUUCAGUAUGGACAGAUGAGCACAGGGAAUCUUGUCUCUUUCAUCCUCUAUCAGUCAGAUCUUGGAAACAACAUUAGGACUUUGAUCUAUAUCUUUGGAGACAUGCUAAACUCAGUGAGCGCGGCUGGUAAGGUGUUUGAGUACCUGGACCGAAAGCCUGAGGUCAGUGCGGAUGGCAACCUGCAACCCAGUGUUCUGAAAGGACACGUCAGCUUUAAGGACCUCAUCUUCUCCUAUCCCAAAAGACCAGAUCACAAUGUCUUAAAGAACUUCUCUCUGGAGUUGAAGCCAGGUCAGAUGACUGCUCUUGUUGGGAUGUCAGGUGGAGGAAAGAGCACAUGUGUUAGUCUUCUGGAGAGAUUUUACCAACCUCAACACGGUCAGAUUCUGUUAGAUGGACAACCAUUACAAAACUAUCAACAUAACUACCUACACAGCAAGAUAGCGAUGGUGGGUCAGGAGCCUGUGUUAUUCUCCGGUACUGUACGGGAGAACAUCGCCUACGGUCUGCCCGGCUGCACAAUGGAGAAAAUAAAGGAGGCUGCCAGGAAAGCCAAUGCCGAUGUCUUUAUCAGCAAACUGGAAAAUGGGUAUGACACAGAUGUUGGAGAACGUGGUUGUCUUCUCUCUGGGGGUCAGAAGCAGCGCAUUGCUAUCGCCAGAGCUUUAAUCAGAGACCCUCAGGUCCUCAUACUGGAUGAGGUCACCAGCUCUUUGGACACCGAAAGUGAACAAAUGGUUCAACAAACCCUGGCCAGCUGCCCCACCCAGACUUUGCUUGUGAUUGCUCAUAGGCUGAAAACCAUCGAGAGGGCGGAUCAGAUUGUUUUGAUUGACGGCGGGGAGGUGGUCGAGCAGGGCACUCACAAAGAACUGAUGGACAGAAAGGGUAGUUACUAUAAACUGAGAGAGAGGAUCUUUAAUGAUCCAGACCAAGAAAAAGUAAAUGGGACACAAUAAAGUAAUCCUUCAGCUAGUGGUAAACCAUUGUGUUAGCAGUGAAAAGGUUGUGGGUUCAAUCCCAGGGAACACAUUAUUUUCCAAAUGCAUAAAUGUAAAUACUAAAUAGUAAUGAUUCUAUUAUGAAGAUUUGAUGACAGAGUGUAAAUAGAUGCUUUUACUCACAAUCAUAUCACAAAGAUCUGUGGCUUUCACUUUUAGACCAGUACAUAAAAUAAACCAUGAUGCUCUUCAGUCAAAAUAAUUUUUCACAAAUA